GUUUAGAGCGCGGCGGCCCGGGUGUGGGAGGGCGAGCGGCGGCAGCACCGGCGCCCUCAGCCCUGUCAGCCGCACUCCGGUCCACGGAAAGAACGUGCGAAGGGAACGGUGCUCGGCGACUGCAUCCAACACACGACCACCAGCCCGGCGUCGCGGCCUCGCCGCAGCCGGAGCUGCCCGGCCCGGUUGGUUCUGCGGGCGCCCGCGGAGGCCCGGGAUCCGGGAUCCAGGCUGCCGGGAGGCUUGGAUGAAAAAGGAUGACAGUGAAGUUGGGCGACGCCGGCAGCGGGGAGGAAGGGCUCAAGAAGCUGGGCAAGCGGACGGCCGAUGAGGAGUCUCUGGACGGAGAGGGGCCCGGCGGCGCGGACGCGGCGGAGGACAGCAGCAGCACAAAGAGGGACGGGCAGACCCCUCGGGCCGCCGGAGCCCCAGCACCACCCAGAGGGUUACCAGCGCCGUCCCCACCGCAGGGUAGUCCCCAAGACCAGCACCACUUCCUCAGGUCCAGCGUGCGACCACAGAGCAAGAGGCCCAGGAAGGACGCGCCCUGCGCUGUGGGUAGUGGUGGUGCCAGCGGUUCCGGGCCGCGCGGAAAAGGAGGUGACGGUGGCGCAUCAUCUUCUGGAAACAUAUCUGUGGUUGCUCCUGCCACCCCUGCAGGAGGUUCGCGUUCCUCUUCCCGGAACUUAGGCUCUUCAGGGCCUGAGAAGGAAGAAGGAAAGAAGGUCCGGAGGCAGUGGGAGUCAUGGAGCACAGAGGACAAGAAUACCUUCUUUGAAGGCCUCUAUGAGCAUGGAAAAGAUUUUGAAGCUAUUCAGAACAAUAUUGCUCUAAAAUACAAGAAAAAGGGCAAGCCUGCCAGCAUGGUGAAGAACAAGGAGCAGGUCCGGCAUUUCUACUACCGCACCUGGCACAAGAUUACCAAGUACAUUGACUUUGACAAUGUGUUCUCUCGAGGGCUAAAGAAAUCAUCCCAGGAACUCUAUGGUCUGAUCUGCUAUGGAGAGCUACGAAAGAAGAUCGGGGGUUGCAUGGAUGACAAGAAUGCAACAAAGUUGAAUGAACUCAUUCAGGUUGGCGCCACCACAGUACGUUAUAAAGGGAGAAAUCUGCGGAUCAAGGCACCCAUGUGUCGGGCCCUGAAGAAACUCUGCGAUCCAGAUGGUCUAAGUGAUGAAGAGGACCAGAAGCCAGUGCGCUUACCUCUGAAAGUCCCUGUAGAGCUACAACCGCGGAACAACCACGCCUGGGCACGAGUACAGAGCCUGGCCCAGAACCCACGUCUCAGGAUGAUUGUGGAGCUACAUCGAAAAGUCUCUAGCCUCAUUGAGUUCUUGAAGCAGAAGUGGGCACUCCAUGAAGUACGAAUUCGGAAGACACUUGAGGAGAGGCAGCUGCAGGGCUCGAGCACAGCACAGACCCAGGAGAAGGUGGCACUGCACUUGUUCCCAGGCGAGAACUGUACGCUGACACCACUGCCGGGUGUGGCCCGUGUGGUACACUCCAAGGCCUUCUGCACUGUACACUGGCAAGAGGGUGGCAGGUGCAAGCAGGGUACCAAGGACACGCACUCGCUGCCUCCAGCCCAGAUCCUGGGCAUCCAGAGUGGUCAGGGAAUAGCCCGGGGCCAGGUGAAGUGCCAGAGGGGCAGUGCUGAAGCCAAGGGUGGGGGGCGGCUUCUUCCUAAUGCAGAUGCUUCACAGAGUUCAGGGGAGAGUUCCCCUGAGAGUGCUCCUGGAGAGGGGACAGCUCCAAGUAUGAACAGCUCAGAUGCCCCUGACAGGCCUCCUCAUGGGCACCAGGACUCUGGCCCACAGCUUGAGAAGACCUCACUAGCAGCCCUUGCUGUGGGUGGGGAGAGCCCCAUUCAAGAAUCUAGGGCCCUGCCAUGUUCAUGUGGCCAGCCCCCAGACUUGGAAGAUGAACUCUCACUCCUUGACCCCUUUCCCCGAUACCUGAAGUCUUGCCAGGAUCUCAUCAUCCCGGAGCAGUGCCGCUGUACAGACACACAGUCUGGGAGAGAGCACCCUCUUCUUGGCAUGGUUGCUUCCCCAGAGGCACUCAUGCCCAGCAGCAGAGAGGUUGCAGACAACGGUCCCCCUGGCCCGGACCCUCAAAUUGGCACCGAUCCUCAACUUGAGCCCAGGCUUCUGCCAGAUAUUUGUACUAAAGAGCUGGCAGAUGUAUCUCCUGAAGAGUCUCAGGAGAAAGGGAGCCCCUCAGAACCUCUGUUGUCUCAAGGACAGCCUGCUGCCAGGCCUUCAAAGGAAGUCCCUGCCAGCCAACUGGCCCAACAGCUGCGUGAAGAGGGCUGGAACUUGCAGACCUCUGAGAGCCUCACGCUGGCUGAAGUCUACCUCAUGAUGGGCAAGCCGAGCAAGCUGCAGCUAGAGUAUGACUGGCUGGCUGUGCUGGGCCCUGAGAGCCAGGUGCCCACAGCACAGGGUCAGACCGCCCUAUCCCGCUCUCCGCCUUCAGCCCUCCACCAGCAGCGCCUCCUGAACUGCCUCUUGAGGCUCAUCUCCACUGAGGUCCACCCCAAGAUGGCUUUUGAAGCAAACACAGCAUCAACAGCCUCAGUCAGGCCCACCCAAGAGGAACAGUCCACAUCCCCCCCAGGGAAGGUAGUGACCAUCAACUCUCGGAGUCCCCGCUGCUCUCGAAACCCAUCUGCCCUCCGAAGCAGCAAGACUUUCCCAUCUGGUUCUGCACCUUGUUCCCCAGGUUUAAGGAAUCCCCCAAGGCCUCUCUUGGUAGCUGGUUCCUCCAGCACAGGAAGCGGUGACUCAGACGGUGGCCUCUUUGCUGUACCAACAACUUUGCCACCCAAUAGUCGACAUGGGAAGCUCUUCUCUCCCAGUAAGGAGGCAGAACUGACUUUUAGGCAGCACCUGGACUCCAUCAGCAUACAGUCAGACUUCUUCUCACCAAAGCCCAAGAAACUACGCAAACGGCACUUACGAAAGCCACUGGUGGUCCAGAGGACGCUGCUCCCUAGACCUUCUGAAAACCAGUCCCACAAUGUGUGUUCCUUCUCCAUCCUGUCUAAUUCUCCUAUAGCUGGGAGAGGCUGGUUCCGGCCCAUCCAGUCUUCUCUGACCAAAGCAGCUCUGUCUCGACCGAUAGUGCCCAAGGUCCUCCCAUCUCAGGCCACUAGUCACCUGCCCAGUGCCAUCGACUUAGCAGCUCAAAGUGCUGGCAUCAUCCCUGGAAGUCCCUUACCAGUUUUAGAUACUGAUGGUUCAUCUGGCAUCUCUCCACUGACUUCAGAACAAGUAACCACUGCCAUCUCGGGGCAGGGUGACACUGGACCACACCAGAACAGAGAGCCUGUUACUUCCGUAAGGGGCACUAGUGACCCAUUUAUCAGCGUUCCAAGACCAGAGCAGGAGCCAAUGACAGACAGUUUCCAGGGAUCAUCUGUUCUGUCCUUACCUGAGCUGCCCAAGACUCAUCUCCAGAAUGGCCUUUCCACACCUUUACCCUCAUCAGAGAGCUCCAGCACCCGGCUCUCCCCACCCAAUGUUUCUGCACUACUGGACAUAUCCCUACCUGGCCCACCUGAGGAUGUUCUCUCACAGGGAGAACCUGCCACACAGAUCAGUGACUCCAUCAUUGAGAUUGCCAUCAGCUCUGGCCAGUAUGGUGACGGAGUCCCUCUUUCUCCAGCAAAACUAAAUGGCAGUGACAGUUCCAAGAGUCUUCCCUCCCCAUCCAGCAGCCCCCAGCCCAACUGGAUUGCGUCUCCCACUCAUGACCCACAGUGGUACCCCAGUGACUCCACAGAUUCCUCGCUCAGCAGCUUGUUUGCCAGCUUCAUAUCCCCAGAGAAGAGCAAGAAGAUGCUACCAACUACUGCUGUUGGGGCCAACAGUGGCACAUCUUUGCUUGGCCCUAGCUUGUUGGAUGGAAAUUCAAGGGACUCUUUUGUGUCCAGGUCUCUUGCUGAUGUUGCAGAAGUGGUAGAUUCCCAGCUGGUGUGCAUGAUGAAUGAGAACAGCAUUGACUAUAUAUCUCGAUUUAAUGACCUGGCACAAGAACUGUCCAUUAAUGAACCUGGCCGACGAGAGGUUCUUUUUGAUGGUGGAGGAUGUGGUAAUCCUGUCGGUGACCUCUCUCAGUGACGGUGCCUUGUGACAUGGGCAUCCUGGAAUCCACAAGGGAAGUCUGUGGGGCUGGCCCAUGAAACUGUCUUCACAGUAGGGAGAGUGAAGCCCAGAAUCCCCAGAAGACCGUGAACCAGAGCACCUCCAACAGCAUACGAUGUGCAGCCCAUAGGAGCAACUGAGCAUGGUCUGUCCCAGCAAGCAGGGACAGUACCGUGCACAGAGACCAGGACAAGCUCUGAGAAGGGCAGACAUCAGAAAUUCUUUGAGUAUCAGCCCCUCCUCAAUCCUGCAGGCUGUGUGGCAAUCCCACCUGUUUAUCUGCAUGUGAAGCCUUCUAGAGGGUCUCCUUCUUGCAAGAGACGUGCCUGGUGUUCCUUUUGUCUUGGGAGCUGUUAUUCCUGUGUUCAGGAAGACCACAGCCACUGCUGCUUUCUUUCUGAUAUCCUUUCCCCACUUGGCUGUUGUGUAUGUAGUGAUAUUACAAGGGAUAGUGAAUAUGGAUCAGGCUCUUUCUUGGUGGUAUCUACAAGCUAAUACACUUUCUGGAUGCCUUGACGAUGAAGCAGAGUCAGUAGCUAUCAGAGGUUUGGUUCUUCCUGACAUAAAAGGGGGAAAAGUAUGUCUUGUAGGUUGUAUGGAUGUUUUAUACAGUCCUACAAAGCUGGUUGGAAAUGUUUCUUGUGGUUUCAGAAUAGGAGACAUGGCCAGACUGCGGUGAUGCAUACCUUUAAUUCCAGCACUCGGGAGGCUGAGGCAGACAGAUCUCUGUGAGUUCGAGGUCAGCCUGAUCUAUAGAGCUAGUUCCAGGACUACUAGGGCUGUUACACAGAGAAACCCUGUCUCGAAAAACAAAACAAAAAAAGUAGACAUGAACAAGGAAUAUUAAGAGUCCUCUAUGUAGGUGGCUUUGCUCUCUUCCUGUGCUUAAACGCCAGUUCUUUCUAGGUGAAAUAAGAUACCAUUCUACUUGCCUGCCCCCCGCACACAAUACACUGCUGUGUCUAUAAAGCUUUUGUGUGUGCUCUAAUAUUUUUAUGUAUUAUUGCUAGUGUCUGAAGGGUAUCUUUACCCCAGGCUGCCUCUCUUCCUAUUCUGGAACUCAAGCAGGGUUCACAUGUCAGAGUAUGUUAAGAGCUCACCACUUGGUGGUGUUUUAACAGCUCUUUCCUGGACCCCAACUAUGGUCAGCAAUCAUGAUUGAGGCCAUCCUGCUUAGAAUGGCGCCAACAAGAGUUUUGCCCUCUUAGAUCCUUGCAGCACAGUCACUCUCCUGGCCCCAGUGUGUUCAGGGUGAACAGGUGACGUGUGCAGUACCCUCUCACCAAUUCCUCUCCACACAGCAGCCAGGACUGACAGGUCCUUCUCUUUUCUUUUCUUCACUUUUGGCAGGGUUUUUCUGUAGACCAGGCUGGCCUGGAACUCGGAGAUCUGCCUCCCAAAUGCUGGGAUUAAAAGCGCGCACCACCACACUCGGCUUGACAGUCCUGACUCCUGAAACUGAAACUGCCACCUCUGCUCUCUACCUGUUCUCUCCUUCCUUGCAGAGUAGUCCUUGAGACCAUCCUAGAAUGCAGACUCAACUGCAAGAACUGAGAGGAUACUGGUUCUUGACAGCAAAUUCCUUUAUCUCCUAGCCGCCUCCUUUCACUGGCACCUGUAAAGGAUCUGCCCCAGAUCCUGACAUGUAUCCCCUAGGUCUGGUAAGUCUAAAACCCUUAGAAGAUGAGAAGAGCAGUGAGUGGUGCUGUUAGGAAAGACUGGUGAAGUCCCUAGUGUAGUGUAUCUUUACCCAGCUGUGUGCUUUCAGCAUGCCUUUACUGAGCUGCAAGUUUUAGAUCUUGGGACUGUGACAUGAUUAGGAUACUAGAUUCAGCCUAGAUCGUUGCUAAUUGCCCUUCCACUAUUUCAAGCAGACUUUCCCACGUUAAGAAUGGGUGCUCUUGGCAUCCUGUUAACUGAGCUUAUAGCACUAGGCAGUUGGGUUCCUGAGCUGAUUCCCAUCAGGUAAUGAAUGCCUUGAGGCACAUGCAACUCUAUGAUCUCUAAAAGGAGCUGAGACUGUUUUGAACAGCAGAGGCUACAACCCUUGUCUUCUAGCAGCAAGCAGGGGUGGAAUGAGCUGAUUCUUUACUGCAGGGAACCUGAUAGGUUUCCAGAAGAGUCUACUGCUUCUUUAACAGCCAGACAGGCAUAUUUGCUCAUCAUCACCAUAUUAAAGGACAAAUAGUGGCAUUUGUAGCUGAGAAUCAGUGGGUAUAACUUCUCACAACUUAAUCAAAUAUCCAUACAUAAAUCUGGAAACUGCUAAAGGUUAGAAAUUUGUAAAGACAGCAAGAAAGCCUCCUUUCUGCAUCUUUCUCUGCCUUUCCAUCAGUUUUGAUGGCUCCUGUUCACCUAGGGCUUCCUUUGUGCAUUGGAACUUAGUGUGAUAUACAUGAGAUCACCCCUAUCCCCAGGUUCUCUGUGUAAUCCUGACUGUUCUGAACUCAAGGAGAUCCGCCAGCCUCUGCCUCCUAUGUGCUGGAUAAGGACAUAUCCAGCUGGAUAAAGGUGUGUGCUACCACCACCAGGCUAAGAAAUUUUUCUGUUAAUACUAAUGACUUAGACUUUUUGUUGAUUUGUCUUUUCAAAAAGAUUGAGAUCUAGUAUCUCUGGUGCUUGGUGUGGAUUAUUCCCUAGAAAAGAUGCUCAGGCAAGUUGAAGUUCAUAUAUCCUGUAGAGGCAUAGUACUUGCUCAGGGAGUAUGACUUUGGGGACAUUUCAUAUGUUGGUCAACCUUUUUUCCCACCUUGUUCUUUUUUCAUUCCUUGUGGCCUCACUGCUAGGGGAUGUCUCAUACAGUUAAAUCGCAUUUUUAACCAGACCACAUUAUUAGAAAUGGUCAUAACAAGCUUAGAGGGAAAUUGUUUUAUGUACUUUUAAAAACAUCUGCUAGACGCAUUCAUGAGGAAAUAUCAUACUUUGUCUCUAAUUUAAAAGAAAAAAAAAAAGAGGAAAAUUUAAUUUGAAAAAAGAAAAAACCACAGUAUACCGUUCCAAGAUGAUCGCCUGAUGAGGUCAGUCCAGUUUUGGAAGCACUGUACCAGCCAACCCUUACUAGUUAGUAAGAUCGCAGGCAGGAGGGCUGCAGCCUGCAGGCAGGACUCAGUGCUGUUUGCUUUGAUAAUCGUUAAGCCAUAUCAUCUGAGGUUUCCGGCUUGAGAUGUGAAUUUGUUUUAUAAACUAUAAAUAUACAGUGUAUGUAUAAAGCAGAAUGCCUGUCCUUCUGAUUAUUUUUUGUACCAUAUUGUAAAUUACAUUAUUUAUUCUUUACCAAUUUUUGGGGAAUAAAAGGUGUUUUGGUUAUUUAAUAUAAUAAACAAAAACUGUUAAACUUCAGCUAAAAUUUCCAGUUCAGCUUGUAAAUGUUUUUAUUGUGCAUAAAUACAUACUAAUACUUGA